CCCUUCUCCUCUCUCUCUCUCUCUCUCUCUCUCUCUCUCUCCUUUCCGCCGCAUCUUUCUCUUCCCAUGUGCAUCGUCUUUCUAGCUUACCAUCUAUAUUAGAUCCGCAUCGAUCGCCUCUCUAUUGCGUCUCUAGCAUUCUUAAACGGUUCAACCGACUUAUGUCCCUUGAUCACAAUGUCUAGUCUCUUAUCACAAAGCUCACGGCGCAACCGCCAUCUCGAUCCGGACAUCAACGACCCGGAUAAUACGGAUAUGCUUCGUCGGCUUCACUAUGACCUUUGCCGGAAAUACCAGCUCCACGGUGACAAAGUGGUAAACACAUGGUGCAAUCUCACUCCAGGGCAACGGUGGGAGAUGACGAAAGCCGGUGCCGCUGACGGGGUUAUCCCUGAAAACCCGUGGGACCAGUCCCUGGGCAGCAUGCGCAGCCUCAUCCCGGAGUGGAACCUGCACGACAUCUCGUGGUCGCCCGAGUACUUUCUGAAUAUCCUGCAUCACCGCGCCACCACGACGCUCCGCCAACAGUACCUAGGAUCGUCGGACCGGGACGACUGCGUCGGGGAUCAUGAUGCGGUCGCCGGGAUCAUGCGGACCCAUAAUCUGGCCCAUGCCAAGGAAUUCGAGGACUGUUACAUUAUCUUCGUGGACGGCGAUAAGUACGGACGUUCGUUCAAGAUGCAGGAGGACGAGACUGAGGCGGCCAAGGAUGAUCUCCGUCGUGCCUUGAACGAACGGCUCUGCCUCCCUCAGGCAGUGGGCGUGCUGGUGCUUAUGAGGCAGCUGUAUCUGAUGCAGGCCCUCAACAACAUGAUGGAAGACGUCCUGGACGCCCGGCCGAUAGGCUCGACUUGCGCGGACACGGGUAGCACCUCGUCCAAAGACUCGGCGAUUGCGCCCGCACGACGUAACAAACUCACCAAGGACCCCAGAGAGGUAGAUGAGAAGCCGACGCCAGUGGCCGUAAGUCUACCGGGCGUGCUCUCUGCGGCCCACGACCGAAAGGCCGCUUGCGACGAGUACUUGUCCCUCCUCCGCCAAGAACCGGCUGCACUGGCCGAGGCGGUGAACACGGCUAUCCUCAGCAGGCCCGAGCUGGUCCCCGAUGACCGGGGCCGCAUCCUUCCCAACGACACCCGCAAGUACAUCACCCGCGCCGCGCUGGAAGCCGUGCACAAUGCCGUCAGGGCCGCCGCCACCUGGAGCUGCAUCUGCCGCCUCCUUGAGGAGCUCUCGGGGCACCACUCGCCCAACGACCGGGCCCGCCGGAAGGUCCUGGCCCAAGAGCUGGCGAACCUCUGUAACGCCGAGUACACGCGCGUCCAGGGCCUCCUGCGACGUUGCGUCGCCAGCAUCCCGGGCUACUCCAAGUGGUUCCGCCGCAUGCCCAGCACGACGCCCGGCAAUGCGGCCACUAUCGUCAUGAGCAAGAGGGAUGUGAAUACCGCGAUCAAGGGGGACGCGCAGCUCCACCACAUCGUCCGCCUCUGCAUGCCCCGGACCACGGGCCCUUGCGCCGCUUCCUGGGUCCAGGCCAUUGAUAGACACCAAAAGAGGUUUCCCCUCGAGCGCGAACGUCUGGAGCCGCGCGUGGUCGACGCCCUGUCGGACGUGGCCGCCAUUGUGGGGUUCAUCGAAGCCCUGCCCAAGAUCAUGACGAUGCCGGCCCCGAGUCGCAAGAAGGGUCUGACGCUCAUCAACGGCUUGGAACAGCUCGAGCGUGAGAUCAGCGUGCUGCGGACCAAGUUUGACCUUUCCAAGUAUGCCGUACCCGUCGAGGUUCUCAAGAGGCCGGACAGGGCCGAGACGGUUCUUAAGAGGCUUGAUCGGCAGAUUGCGAAGCACAGGGGUAACAAGAUCGGAGUCCUCUAUGAAGAUCUGAUUGCUUCGUGGACGGCUACGUUUCCUAGGGUCCCGACGCAGCAUCAGGUCGUCAAGAACAUGAAGGCACCAGCACCGCAAGGAGAUGCCAGCGAGGACAAUCACAACAAACCGGCUGCGGCGCCACAAGCUGAUGCCACGUGCAACGGCGACAAGCCGGUCGCGGCGUUGCCGGGAGAUAUUAUCGACCCCGAGGCACCGGGCCUCACGCCGCCCCAAGUCUUUCACGAACGCUUCCGACAGUUACACGUGAGACGGAGAAAACAAAAGGAAGGGACCCGGACUCGUACGCCCCAUCCGACGGCCUACGACAUCACCUUCGUGGAGAAGGACGGCUCGCUCGAGGACAUCCCCGAGUGGAAUCGGCCGCUCUAUGUACAUUAUGUCCACCGGCGGACGGCCAAGACGUUCACCGCUCUCUUUGCCGGGUCCGAGGCCGGGGACCCGAUCCCCUGGCUCGAUUUCCGAAAGUCCAUGGCGGAUGUGGGGUUCGCGGUCCGCCCGCAGUCUGGCUCGGGGUACGCCUUCGAACCCCCCGAGGAGUUUGUUUUGAACGGGGCGGUUACCUUUUACCGUCCGCCGGGCAAGUCGCUGAUUGAGGGCCACCGCCUGGUUUAUUUUCGACGUCGGUUGACGAGCAAGUAUGGGUGGACGGACGACACGUUCCAGAUUGGAAGUGAUGAGGAUUGGGAGGAACAGUGAAGCGGAUUUCGUGCGUAAUGGGGGGUG